AUGUACCCAGAUGAAGUAAGUGGGGUGUGUAAGCAAUGCAAUGAAACGUGUAAUAACAAGUGUAAUACGAGUGAUGGGACAUGCACUGCUUGUAUAACAAACUACGCAUUUACAGACCCACCAGGACUUUAUUGUAUUCCAUGCAAAGAAUUUGACCAAAACUGCAAACAAUGUGGUCAAACGACAUUCAAAAAAUGUUACGAGUGUGAGACUGAUUUCCGUCCAGACCCAAUAACAGGGAAGUGUGUUGGUUGUGCAGACGGUUGUCAAAAAUGUGGAGCCAUAACCGGUAAGUGUACAAUUUGCGCAGAUGGAUAUGUUCCAAACGACCCUCAAAAUGAGAGUUGUAUUCUUUGUGACCAAUUUGACACAAAGUGUGAAAAGUGUUCAGAAAAUUUUGAAAGGAAGUGUGUCACAUGUAAAGAUCAUCAAAACUAUCCUCAAUUGGGUGUGUGUGAUGUUUGCAAUACAACAUGUGGUGGAGCAUGUAAUCCCACUACAGGGUAUUGUGAAUCAUGUUUGCCUAAUUAUGUGUUCACAGAUCCACCUUCAACAUCUUGUGAAACAUGUGAAGAGUUCGAACCCAACUGUAUGGAAGGAUUUUGUGAAUCAAAUUUCACUCGUGGAUGUACAAAGUGUAAAAGUGGUAUGUAUCCACAACAAAAUGGAAGGUGUGGUGAUUGUGACCCGACAUGCGGCAAUAAAUGUGAUGGGACAACUGGUGCUUGUACUGGAUGUAACACAAAUCACGUUUUUGUUUCUGAUGAUUCAAAAGUCUGUAUACCAUGUGAAACGUAUGACACUAAUUGUAUCACAUGUAAUGAUCAGUAUAAGGCUGAGAAGUGUGUUAAGUGUAAAAAUGGAUAUUAUCCAUAUACCAAUGGGACGUGCAUUCUUUGUGACUCGACUUGUAAUGGAAAAUGCAAUACGGAAAAUGGUGAAUGCACUGGAUGUCAAGAUGAUUAUGUGAUGAGUGGAAUGAACUGUAUCACAUGUGAACAACACAACAUCAACUGUUCGACAUGUGACAAAUCAGGUUUGGGAACAUGCCAAGUGUGUAAAAACAACAAUUAUGCUCAAGAUGGGAAUUGUAUACCAUGUAAGUCGACAUGUGACAAUUGUGAUGGAGUUACAGGGAAGUGCACAACGUGCCAAUACAAUCUGGUUGAAACGGAAAAAGGCAGUGGAAAGUGUGAAGAGUGUAAAAAAUUCGAUUCGAAUUGUUCGCUGUGUGCGAGUGAUUCAUCACGAAAUUGCACGAAAUGUGAGUCUGGGUAUUACCCUGUAUUACAAUCGAACGAGAGUAAAAUGUGUGAGCCAUGUGAUUCAUCAUGUAAUGGAAUUUGUGAUGUUUCGUUUGGCUACUGCUUAGGAUGUAUUGACAAUUUUGUUCUCAUUAAUUCGACAAGUUAUGUUUGUGAAAAUUGCACAUCUUUUGAUUCAAAUUGUGAGAGGUGUUCAUCUACUUUUGAAAGGAAGUGCACAAGCUGUAAACCGACAUUCAAACCAAGUCAAAGUGGAAAGUGUGAACUUUGCAAUGAGACAUGUAAAGAUAAUUGUGAUAGCACAACUGGAUAUUGUACUUCAUGUAAUGCAAAUUACGUUUUAUCAAAUCCACCUUCAUCAAGUUGCAUCACUUGUAAAACGUAUGACACAAAGUGUGUGGAGUGUCCGGGAGGUGUUGAGAGAAAAUGUAACAACU